GUCACAUAUAAAUGUGGCAGCACACACAGGUGGUACACUUGGGGCUGUUGAACCAUGGCGAGCUGGCAUGCCACAUCUUUAGUGGCCCUAGCACUGCUGGGUUGCUUAGUUGGGACAGAGGUAGAAGCUCAGGAUUCAAUCUGGCAAAAGCCUGCACCCACAAUGACUAAGGGCUCUACAUCUCCUCAGGAACCACAGAGAUAUCUGCCUCCUCAGUACCCUCAACCUCAGCUUCCACAGUUCCAGCGUCCUCCUCCACCACCAAAGGCUCCUCAGUACCCGCAACCUCAGUUUCCACAGUUCCAGCGUCCUCCUCCACCACCAAAGGCUCCUCAGUACCCUCAACCUCAAAUUCCACAGGUCCAGCCUCCUCCUCCACCUCCACCACCAAAGGCUCCUCAGUACCCUCAACCUCAAAUUCCACAGGUCCAGCCUCCCCCUCCUCCACCACCACCACCGAAGGCUCCUCAGUACUCUCAAAGACCGCAGAUUCUUCCUCCAGCACCACAGGCUCCUCAGUACCCGCAACCUCAUUUUCCACAGUUCCAGCGUCCUCCUCCACCACCAAAGGCUCCUCAGUACCCUCAACCUCAAAUUCCACAGGUCCAGCCUCCUCCUCGUCCACCCCCCCCACCAAAGGCUCCUCAGUACCCUCAACCUCAAAUUCCACAGGUCCAACCUCCCCCUCUUCCACCACCGAAGGUUCCUCAGUACCCUCAAAGACCGCAGAUUCUUCCUCCAUCACCACAGGCUCCUAAAUAUCCUCAAGCACCAAAGGUCCCACCUCCUCCUCCGCCAAAGACUCCUCAGUACCCUCAUACGCCACAGUUUUCUGCAUAUCCUCGAACAUUUUCCAAUUUGAAGUCUCUGCAAGUGCCACAGCAACCACAACAACCACAUCAACCUACAUCACCACAGACAUCUUCCACUUAUCUGGGCAGCGUGCUAAACCAACAAUCUUUACAGAGUUGCGAGGUUGCAGAGAACCAGAGAAUCCCAUGUGGAAGUUCUGAUAUUUCUGCUGCUGCAUGUGAAUCACUUAGCUGCUGCUUUGCUGGACAACAGUGCUACUUUGGAAAAGCAGUGACAGUGCAGUGCACCAAGGAUGCCCAGUUCAUUGUGGUUGUGGCCAGAGACACGACUCUGCCAAAUAUUGACCUCGAUUCAAUCUCACUGUUGGGACAAGAUCAAGGAUGCACACAUAUUGACUCCAAUUCAGAAUUUGCCAUCUAUCAGUUUCCCGUAACGGCCUGUGGCUCUCUUGUCAUGGAGGAGCCUGGCGUUAUAACGUAUGAGAACAGGAUGUCUUCCUCAUAUGAAGUUCUUUCUGGGCGUCUUGGACUCAUCACCAGGGACACCAACUUUGAUUUGUUGUUCCAGUGUAGGUACAUCGGCACUUCAGUUGAAGCUGUGAUUAUAACACCUCUAAUGUCACAUCCUCCUCUACCAGUUGCGAAUCUGGGACCCAUCAGAGUACAUCUGAGGUUGGCCAGUGGACAAUGCAAUACGAAGGGCUGUAAUGAAGUGGAUGUGGCCUACAGCCAGUUUUACACGGAGGCAGACUAUCCUGUGACCAAAACACUGAGGGAGCCCGUAUAUGUGGAGGUUCUGCUCCUCGAAAAGACAGAUCCCAACCUUAUCCUGACUCUUGGUCACUGUUGGACAACCACCAGCCCCAACCCUCACAGUCUGCCUCAGUGGGACAUUUUGAUAGAUGGGUGUCCUUACAGGGAUGAUCGCUACAUGUCCUCACUGGUUCCAGUGAGUUCCUCUUCUGGUCUGGAAUUCCCAGGUCACUACAGACGUUUCAUUUUCAAAAUGUUUACCUUUGUGGACCCCAGUUCAUUGGAACCUCUGAAGGAACAGGUGUACAUUCACUGCAGCACAGGUGUUUGUACUGCUGCACAAGGCCACAACUGUGAACCAUCAUGCUUCAGACGGAAGAGAGAUGCCACCUACCAGAAGACAGCUGAGCCAAAGGUUGUAGUUUCUGCUGGACCCAUAGCCAUGAGUGCACCUGAGCAGGAACCAACAGAUGCUGAGCUGGGGACUUUGCCUGAGAACACUGAACUAAAGAUCUGAGACAUUAAAAUAGCUCAGUUAUUUGUAGUAAAUUCAAAUGACAGUGUAUGUAUUUGAAAUGGCUAUAUGAUGUACUUUUAAAGCUCAUUUUCUAAAGCAUACUUUUACAUUCCGGAUCAACUGUGUUGACACUGUGUCAGCGAGGUAACGAUUUAACUGGUAAUGUUUAAGACUGUAUUUAGUGGCAAAAUUGGAUUGGAUUUCAUUAUAUUAAGUAUUUCAAUUGUUUGUCAGCCCUCUUAGCUGCAAUGCUGAAGGGUUUUCUGAAGGAGAACAUUAAAAAAAACUCUUACAAUACAUAAGCAAGAUCUCACAGCGAACAACAACCU